AAUAAAUCGAGAGGAAAAUAAGAGGCGGAGACGAAGGCAAGGGAUUCAUUCAUUCGGCAAGCCGCGCGAUUGAUUCCCCGAUUCCCAAUCACCAUACCUCUAUCUGCUUUAUCAUUGGAUGAUAAUUUUCUUCACAAUAUCCAAAACCAAAACCUCCCCUUCCCCUGAAUUUUAUAUUCCCAUCGAAACCACUCUGUCUUGUCUGUCUGUCUGAGUUGCUCGUUCUCUUCCUCAUACAGUUUCUUCCUUUCAGCUUCCAAAAAGUUUGAUGUGUUUAUGCAGUCGCAGGGUGGUGCCUGCCUGCCUGCCUGGAUGACACCUAUUCCUGGAACCGAUUUUAGAACGAACUAACUUCGAUGAAUUGCUUUCUUUCUUUCCUUCUUUUUGUUCCCGAAUUUCUUCCAUUGUGAGUGGAGUGUCUAUAGAAUCUUGGUGGCUGGGUUCCACUGAGGUCAAUCCUUUUCAAUACGUUGCUUACACUCGACAAAAAAGCACAAUUAAAAUGAGAGUUCAGUGAACAAGGAAAAGAGAGUCCACGGAAACUGGUUACCCAGUACAAAAAUUUAUCUCUGGUUGCAUGACAACGAUGCCUGUUUGCUCAGCUACCACCAGCUGUUGCUCCUUUCAUUCGCAGAUUUGUUUACAUGGAGGAUCGCGACCAUUGUCCUUGCAUAGGAAGGCAUCUGACUUUAGAUGCGUUUUGGAAGCAAGGGAGAUUUUGGGCUUGUCAAGUGGAAACCAUCUUCAGGCAUUUUCUUUAAGGGCAGAAGCUGCCACAUCGUUCUGCUCUAAUUCUAUUGAUGGCGGAGAACAAUCAGGAUUCAUGGGUUUCACUACCACAACCCCCUGCCCGAACAAAUUAGCUGAUGUUAAAUAUGAAUUCAUCAAUGCCUCAAGUAAUUCAACGGGUGGAAUGAAUGUGCCAUACUAUGUAGAAAUGGGAAAUCAGGAGAUUGUAGCAAGUUCCACUGCGUCUGCUGGGGAUCAAGAACUGAUGGGCUUCACAGAUCAAUUAACUGAAAAUACAAAUAUCUUACCAGAGCCUGUGGGCCCUCAAACUACAACUACAGAUGUUAUUCCAGAUGAUCCUGCUGCUUUAUCUGAUUCAUUGGCCAUGGAUAAUGCUUCUUUGUCCACUGUGAAAACAAAUAUUGAGGAAGUUUUUUCUGGGAUUAAUGGGUCUAUUAAUUCUUCAGUCAGUAAGGGAGAAAGUGCUCUGAGAAACUCAAUUGGUGGGGUUACUUCAUCCUUAGAAGCUGCUUUAAGCAGCGCUAAAGAUGCAGUUGAUAAGAUUGUUGGUAAAGUUAACUCUUCUGUUGAUCAAAUGGGAGAAUUAACAGCUAAUAAAUUGACAGGAUUCUCUACUAACUUGAAAGAAUCCUCAAGUAAAGUGGGUAUGGUUAUUGUUGAUGUCUUGAGGCAUGCAAUUGUUCAAAUUGAGAAUUCUCUGAAUCAGGGAAUCACAAACUGUAUUUAUGCUUAUGGAUCCGCAAAGAAUUUGCUUCCUCCAGAUGCUCAGAAUGUGCUAAAUUUGACUGAAGAAAGGGUAAUUAAAAUCUUAAGUCCAGUUGGGACAGCUUUCCAACAGAUCUACAUUGUUUUGGAGGGAUUGGAGAAAAAUAUUGGUUUGGACCCGAGUGAUCCAGUUGUCCCCUUUGUUCUUUUUAUUGGAACGUCAGCCACUUUGUGGGGUUCUUUUUGGCUUUUUACUUACGGUGGAUAUGCGGGUGAUUUAUCUCCUAAAUCAACUUUGGAGCUCUUAAGAGGAAAGGAGAAUGCUGUGCUUAUUGACGUCCGGCCCGAGUUUCUCAGGGAAAGAGAUGGCAUCCCUGAUUUUCGACGAGCAGCUCGGUUUCGAUACCAGAGUAUAACAUUACCUGAGGUUAAUAGUUCUUUACGGAAUUUAGUGAAGAGUGGAAAAGACCUUGAAGAUUUGUUGAUUGCUGCUGUCAUACGAAACUUGAAGAUUAUUCAAGACAGGUCCAAGGUCAUAGUUAUGGAUGCUGAUGGUUCUUGCUCCAAGGGCAUAGCAAGAUCACUCAGGAAACUCGGGGUUAAGCAACCAUACCUGGUUCAGGGUGGCUUUCGGUCUUGGGCCAAUGAAUGUCUUCGGAUUAAGAAGCUGAAACCGGAGACAGCACUUACCAUACUCAACGAGGAAGCUGAAGCGAUUUUAGAAGAUAUCAAGCCUACUCCAGUAAAAGUCCUUGGUUAUGGGGUGGGUUCAGUUGCAGCAUUAUACGCAAUACUAGAGUGGGAGACGACACUACAACUUAUUGGCAUUAUUGGUCUUGGUCAGACUAUAUAUCGGAGGAUUGCUUCUUAUGAGGAUGCUGGAGAUUUCAAGAAAGAUGUGAGGCUAUUGCUGGCUCCUGUUAGACUGGGAGGUCGGGCGAUUUCAUGGGCUGCUGGGAAAUUAGAAACCAACGGCAUCAGACUGCCAACAUCACCAUCUUCUUCAGAUGUUCAGAACCGGGUGUUGCAGGCCGCUGCAAAACACGAGUCUCAACCGUCUGAUGGUGAAGAAGACCAAGAUUUGACUUCCCAGUUACCAGCUUCUGUCGGUGAGAGCAUGGAUGUGUCUGAAGCGUAGUUUCAUAUUUACUUUGCAGUCAGUUUGUUUAUGUUCUAGUUGAGCUGCUUGUUUUUGACAGCAAGAGAGAGAGAUGGGUUGAGGAGUACAAGGGUUAAGACUGUAGAUUAAUCAACACUUGCUUACAUUCCAUGAAUAACAUCCUUGUGGAGACUGUUUUCUUUUC